ACCUUAAGUAAUUUGUAGAACUGGCAAUACUUUUUUUGAAUUGUUCGUCGGUUUGCGAUUAUUGAGUUGUCACUGUCAAACAAAUGUGAAGUUGGCCGUCUUCCCUGCCUUAUAGGCAGUCGUGAUUGAGCCUCACUGGAGUGAACAUUAAGUUCCAGGAACAUGAGCGACCGAGAAAUUGAAAGAAAUGAGAGGCUACAUCGAGGCGCAGACGCGUCGCGAAGCCGUAGCCGGGAGCGGCGAGAAAGCGAGUGGAGCAGCCGUAGCCGUCGUGACGAGCGUCAUCGGAGAACAAGAUCCCGAAAGCGCAGUUCGGCUCGUGAUCAGCUGCCUAGUCGGAAUCGCAGCCGUAGCACAACUAGUCUGCGAGAACAAGAGCGCAAACUGUCUCAGGAAAGGAGACGGCUGAGGAGACUUGAUAGUGAGGUACGAAGAGAACGUGAAUUAUUAUUAAAACGUGAACGGGAUCGAACACGUCGACGGUGUGAUACUCCUAAGUCUGACGCUAGUCACCGUACUAAAAGAAAUGUAAAUGAUUAUCCGCGACGUGAUCGAUCUCUCGUUACACCGGAAAAAGGCAAUGCAUCUCGUGAUGACCGUAACAAGGAUCCUAGACUAAUGACUGUAGAUUUUAUCGAAGAAUUUUUGAGAGCAUUAAAAUCGAAGGCAGGGGAUCGUGAAUCGUUUUCCACAUUAACAAAUGUUAUACCCGAAUUUGACCCGUUAUUAAAAGAACAAACCAUUAAUAUUUGGCUCGAUAAGGUUGACGAAUGUUCUGAAAUCUAUAAUUGGACUGAUAGGCAGACUAUUCACUAUGCCCUGCCUAAACUCACUGGUCUGGCAAAGACAUGGUACCAGGGUUUACCCACUAUUAAGCAUACCUGGGCGGAAUGGAGAGUCAUGCUAAAAGAAUCCUUCCCGGCUACCGAAAAUUACGCCGAACUGCUUACGGAUAUGCUUAAUAGGCGGGUACGCCUCGGCGAAUCCUUAGAAGUAUAUUAUUUUGCAAAAUUAAAUUUACUUAAUCGAUGUAAAAUCUUUGGAAAGCAAGCGGUGGACUGUUUACUUUAUGGCAUUGAAGACAGAGGCGUUCGAGUCGGUGCUCAAGCAGCCAAAUUUGAGAAGCCCGAAGACGUACUCGAAUUUUUCAAAACUAUAAAGUCCAAUCAUUACAAAAAUCAGUCAGAUUUUCAGAAGGAUUUAAAUAGGGAUAAGCGUUCUGGUGAUACAUCAGCUAACAAUAAUUCGCUUAAAAGUGUAGAUAGUACAUCGUCUAAAAAUAAUGACGUGAGGGGUCCUAUUACUUGCUUUAACUGUCAGAGCGUGGGACAUCCUAGUUUUAAAUGCCCUAAACCUAUUUUAAAAUGUACUAACUGCAACUUUCUGGGGCACGAGAUGGCCCAUUGCCCUAAACUCAAAGAAACUAGAAGCGAAGUGCCAAGGUCCAUAUAGGAUAAAGCAGAUCUUACCUCACGAUAGAUUUCUAGUCGAAAACACACCUUUAACCAGAAAAGGUGCAAGAUAGAGUCGGUUGUAGCAAUAGAUAAGAUAUACCCAUGGCUAAGUUUCAAUGCCCCCGCUAGCUCUUCCAGUGUUAACGACGAUGACAAUAGUGAAAAUUGAUUUAUAUGUAGAUUUAUAUUAUACUAUGUACAAUUAAUAUUGACUGAUUGAAGUUAUUGAGCAAAUGAUAAACGAUGAAGUGAUCAAAGUGAGGGAUGCCACAAGUCGGGCAUGAUUGGCGUAUGAACUCGCCGCCCAUGAGUGACUUGCGGCAUCGCGGCUGUUAGUAGUGCUGAGUGAAGGAAGUAGCUCUCAUGAAUACAGCUAUAGAAUAAUUGAGCGAAAAUGUUUCGAGCCGGGUAUGAUUGGUGUAAGAACUCACCGCCCAUUAGUGACUCCAAAUAUUGUAGUUAUAGUUAAAUGAAGUUAUUUAAUUAAUGUAAUGAAAUCAAAAUCCGCCGCAUAGGAUAUUAAGUUUAAGUUUAUCAAAGUGAUAUAUGCAAUGAUUGCUUAAAUAUUGUAUCUUACUGUUAUUUUCUUUACAUUAUUUGUUAAUUUUCAUUGUAAUAUCCUCAAAUUUGGUGAUUAAAACGAAGGGACUCGUUGUAAGGGAGGAUGGCCGACUGUAACAAAACACUAAUAUGUAUUAUAUUAAAUAUGAUUUUAACUAAUUCAAAUAUUAUUUAAACCUUAAGUAAUUUGUAGAACUGGCAAUACUUUUUUUGAAUUGUUCGUCGGUUUGCGAUUAUUGAGUUGUCACUGUCAAACAAAUGUGAAGUUGGCCGUCUUCCCCGCCUUAUAAGCAGUCGUGAUUGAGCCUCACUGGAGUGAACAUUAAGGUUAGUGAAUUGUAAUUAUUAUUGUCAAGUUCUGUUGUAACCUGGUAGUGCGAGUUUAUUUGUCAGAUAGUAAAUUAUAUACAG